AUGUCCGAGGCGAUUGAGACAAACGACAUCCAGAAGUGCCUUAUCGGAGUCCACAAAAACAGCGCUCUCGUCGCAAAUAUUUCAGUUGCCGGCAUCACUAACGCGUGCUACUUCUACGAGACGGACGUUGUGGCGGCAGAAAAGGCUUCAACGGUCAUUUUGGAUCAAGGAAGUCGUAUACCGGAAUGGCUCGGACUGCAAAGAGGAGCGAAUUGCAAGGGGCUACGACUCUUCUAUUCAUCUGUGUUCUACGAAGAAGAAGAGGGCUUUGUCAAGAAAAAAAUUCGAAUUGCAGUGCGAAUUGUUGGCGAUCGAUUACAAAUUUUCUUUCCACCAAGAAUCAGAUCCGACAUCAUUCGAGCAGCGCCUCUAGACCCGACAAUGAUUCAAGUUGACCAAAUUCGCUAUGUGAAGCUGCAACUAAGCAGUUUUCGUGCGAUCUUCUCAAAGUCAGUAAAUUUCUCAUCGAACGACUCUUUCUGUGGGAAUUCGGAAAAUCAAUGUUUCCGUCGACAUCCCACGAUCUCGAGCUUUUUUCAGUAUCGGGAACAUGUUUUUGUGCUCAUUCGUGACAUGCGCGAGUUUCAGCUUCGCUAUUUGAUGCUCAAGAUGGAUCCGAAUACCGGUAUACCAACUGCAGAGCUUGUCGACACCGAUGUGAGAAUCCCUAUCGACGUACUGCCACACUUUUACGACACACAACUCAACAUGUUUGAUCAUGGAGGGCGCAUCUACUUAAUGGUUUCAAACGAGAAAGAUUUGGGCAAACCCAACAAAAAUCUUCUUCUCAUCGAUUUUGAUUUACUCCUCCAGAAGAUUGUCACCACAUCGAACGCGUUCCAAGCCCUGCCCGAUCAUCUCGAUCCGCUUGUAGCGACACACGAGUUUGCUGCCUCUUUUAAUGGGACUCUUGUCCUGCUGCGAAUAGCUUCGGGAUGUGGACCAUUUUUUGGAAUACCGACAUUCGCGGACAAUAACUGGUUGGAUGGGAUUGACUUUGGCAACUUCUCAACGUCACGUCGUCCAUUAGAUGCAAUAUACCCGAAAAAUGAUGUUCCACGUUUGCCACCACGUGAUAAAAAUGCAACAACGAUAGUUUGGGGAAUUUUCUCGUCCGUCUUCCUCACUAUAAUGGCUUUGCGGAUGACGCCGACUUUCGUCACGCACAUCAUGAAUCACUUUGAGAGUACGGCUGAGGCGAAAGCGGAUAAGCAUGGAGAACUCGGUUCACCGGAUGCAAAAGACCCAAAUUAUCCAAGACGAGUGGAAUAUCCGGAAGUGACAUCAGGCGACUACCCGCGAAAAACUGGAUACCCGAAAACGAAGGAUUCAGACGGAUAUCCGAAAACGAAGGACUCAAAUGGAUGCCCAAAAACCCAGGAAACUCAAGAAAAU